ACCCGGCCGGAGCCAUGGCCGGGCUGCGGAGCUGCGGGCUGCUCCUCUGCCUGCUCCUGGCCCGGGCCCUGCGCUUCCCGGACUAUUCCUACGUGCUGGAGGAAGAGGAGGAGGAGGACGAGGAGCCCCUGGACUACAAGGACCCCUGCAAAGCCGCCGCCUUCCUGGGUGACAUUGCCCUGGACGAGGAGGACCUGCGGCUCUUCCAGGUGGACCGGGUGGUGGAUCUGUCCCGUCACACCGUCACCCGCCUGCCCUCCAACUCCUCAGGUACCGCCGCACCCCCAAAGCCCCUCCACCCACCUCCACCCCCCCUACGGGGGGGGGCUGCCCACGCUGAACCCCCUUCCCCCACAGGCAGCAACUCCACCAGCCCCCGGCCGGGCCACCCUCGGCGCAGCCGGGGCCGGCAGCGGAGCCGCCGGGCAGCCACGUCCCGGCCGGAGCGAGUGUGGCCGGACGGGGUCAUCCCCUACGUCAUCAGUGGCAACUUCAGCGGCAGCCAGCGAGCCAUAUUCCGGCAGGCGAUGCGGCACUGGGAGAAGCACACCUGUGUCACCUUCCUGGAGCGCAACGACGAGGACAGCUACAUCGUGUUCACCUACAGACCCUGCGGGUGCUGUUCCUACGUGGGCCGCCGGGGAGGGGGACCCCAGGCCAUCUCCAUCGGCAAGAACUGCGACAAGUUCGGCAUCGUGGUGCACGAGCUGGGUCACGUCAUCGGGUUCUGGCACGAGCACACGCGCCCCGACCGGGAUGACCACGUCUCCAUCAUCCGGGAGAACAUCCAGCCAGGGCAGGAAUACAACUUCCUGAAGAUGGAGCCGGAGGAGGUGGAGUCGCUGGGGGAGACUUAUGACUUCGACAGCAUCAUGCACUACGCCAGGAACACCUUCUCCAGGGGCAUCUUCCUGGACACCAUCCUGCCCAAGUACGACGUGAACGGCGUCCGGCCGGCCAUCGGGCAGAGGACACGGCUCAGCAAAGGGGACAUCGCCCAGGCCCGCAAGCUCUACCGCUGCCCAGCCUGCGGGGAGACACUCCAGGACAGCCAGGGCAACUUCUCCUCCCCGGAAUUCCCCAAUGGAUACUCUGCCCACAUGCACUGCGUCUGGAGGAUCUCGGUCACCCCCGGAGAGAAGAUCAUCCUGAAUUUCACCACCCUGGACCUGUACCGAAGCCGGCUGUGCUGGUACGACUACGUGGAGGUGAGAGACGGGUUCUGGAGAAAGGCCACGCUGCGAGGCAGGUUCUGCGGGAACAAGCUGCCCGAGCCCAUCAUCUCCACCGACAGCCGCCUCUGGGUCGAGUUCCGGAGCAGCAGCAACUGGGUGGGCAAAGGAUUCUUCGCUGUCUACGAAGCCAUCUGUGGGGGGGAUGUGAAGAAGGACAACGGGCACAUCCAGUCCCCCAACUACCCCGACGACUAUCGGCCCAGCAAGGUGUGCGUCUGGAAAAUCACCGUCUCCGAGGGCUUCCACGUGGGAUUGACCUUCCAGUCCUUCGAGAUCGAGCGGCACGACAGCUGUGCCUACGACUACCUGGAGAUCCGGGAUGGCAGCACUGAGUCGAGCAGCCUCAUCGGCCGCUACUGCGGCUACGACAAGCCCGACGACAUCAAGAGCACCUCCAACAAGCUCUGGAUGAAAUUCGUCUCCGACGGCUCCAUCAACAAGGCGGGUUUCGCCGUCAACUUCUUCAAAGAGAUGGACGAGUGCUCCCGGCCCAACAACGGCGGCUGCGAGCAGCGCUGCGUCAACACCCUGGGCAGCUACAAGUGUGCCUGUGACCCUGGUUAUGAGCUGGCAACCGACAAGCGCCGCUGCGAGGCCGCCUGCGGAGGUUUCCUCACCAAGCUCAACGGCUCCAUCACCAGCCCGGGGUGGCCCAAGGAAUACCCCCCCAACAAGAACUGCAUCUGGCAGCUGGUGGCCCCCACCCAGUACCGCAUCUCCCUCCAGUUCGACUUCUUCGAGACCGAGGGCAACGACGUGUGCAAGUACGACUUCGUGGAGGUGCGCAGCGGGCUGACGGCCGACUCCAAACUGCACGGCAAGUUCUGCGGCGCCGAGAAGCCCGACGUGAUCACCUCGCAGUACAACAACAUGAGGAUCGAGUUCAAGUCCGACAACACCGUCUCCAAAAAGGGCUUCAAAGCCCAUUUCUUCUCAGACAAGGAUGAGUGCUCCAAGAACAACGGGGGCUGCCAGCACGAGUGCCUCAACUCCUUCGGCAGCUACGAGUGCCAGUGCCGCAGCGGCUUCGUGCUGCACGACAACAAGCACGACUGCAAGGAAGCCGGCUGUGACCACAAGGUGACAUCCAUCUCCGGGACCAUCACCAGCCCCAACUGGCCCGACAAAUACCCCAGUAAGAAGGAGUGUACCUGGGCCAUCAGCACCACGCCGGGGCACCGCGUCAAGCUGACCUUCUCGGAGCUGGACGUGGAGGCGCAGCAGGAAUGCGCCUACGACCACCUGGAGAUCUACGACGGGAAGGACGCCAAGGCCCCGGCACUCGGCCGCUUCUGCGGGGCCAAGGAGCCCGAGCCCAUCGUCUCCUCGGGCAACAAGAUGUUCCUCAAGUUUGUCUCCGACAACUCCGUCCAGAAGAAGGGAUUCGAGGCCACCCACACCACAGUGUGCGGGGGCCAGGUCCGUGCUGAGGUGAAGACCAAGGACUUGUAUUCCCACGCACAAUUCGGGGACAACAACUACCCGGGGGGCUCGGACUGCGAGUGGGUGAUCAUGGCGGAGGAGGGGUUCGGCGUGGAGCUCAUCUUCCAGACCUUUGAGAUCGAGGAGGAAGCCGACUGCGGAUACGACUACAUGGAGCUCUUCGACGGCUACGACGGGACGGCCCCGCGCCUCGGCCGCUUCUGCGGCUCCGGGCCCCCCGAGGAGAUCUACUCGGCCGGAGACUCCGUGAUGAUCCGCUUCCACUCGGACGACACCAUCAACAAGAAGGGUUUCCACCUUCGCUACACCAGCACCAAGUUCCAGGACACGCUGCACACGAGGAAAUGAGGGCCGGGGGUCCCGGCCCCCCCGCGGGCAGGGGAGGAGGAGGAGGAGGGCAGGGAGGAAGGCGGGGAGCGCUGCUGCCCCGCACAGACUGCACGGAGGAGGAGCACACAGCCAACCUCAGCACUCAAGACACGCUCGCACGGGGCGCCGGGGCUCGGGCGCCCACGGCACGGGGGGCACCGGGGGGGUCCCCACUGGCAACCACCCACCCCGGUGCUGGGGGGGCCGAGUGGGACCUGCUGCCCUUCCCUGCCCCGGCCGAAGCUCUGAAUGUACAAACCAGUAACCGGGAAGAGCCCAAAACACACACAAGGUGCUGUCUCUCUCUUGUACCCAUGAAAUAAAUACCCUUGUACUUGGA